AUUUGAAAAUCGUCAAGUUUGACAGUAAAUUCAUAGACUUACGCUGGAAGGUUGAUAAGCUGCGAGGAAAAUAUUUAAAAAUUUAUUUUAAUGAGACAAUACUAAAUGAAAAAGCAAUGCAUAUUAAAUGUCUAAUGGCAAUAGUUUUAUUUUGUGCCAAUAUUAUAAUAACCCGAAGCAAAAGAUAUGAUAACUUCAUACUCUAUAAAGCGACUCCCGUCGAACCAGAUCACUUGAUAUUCUUUCAGAACCUGGACCGCAAAAAAUAUAUCGAUGUUGUGUUUUGGAAGAAGCCAAACAAGUUGUUCGAAGACGUCCACUUUAUUGUUAACCCUUCAGACAAGGAGCUGCUAUUGGAGAGAGCUCAACAUUUUAAUUUGGACCUAGACGUGCUAUCAGAAAAUAUUCAAAGAGCAUUCGACAGUCAAAUAGUAAAAAAUUACCUUCGAUUACGUGUAGAAUCUUAUAGCUGGACUAAUUACCACAAUUUAGUGGACAUCUAUCAAUGGCUAGCAGAUUUAGCUCUGAAAAAUCCUUCCGUAACAGGACUUAUGUCUAUUGGAAAGUCGGCGGAAGAUCGAGAUAUAUUCGUGAUUGGCAUUAACCGAUCGGGGGCAAAAUCUAAAGUUAUUGUCGAAGGCGGUAUGCACGGAAAUGAAUGGAUAUCUACAGAAUUCCUGUUAUAUUUGGCUUAUAAUCUGAUAAUGUCCAAUCGCACUGCGAACGAACGAUUGUUUGAAUUGUCUAAGAACUAUCACUGGUAUCUGUUACCUGUCUGCAAUCCUGAUGGAUACGAAUUUAGCCAUAAUGAAGACCGUUUGUGGAUGAGGAAUAGAAGGAACGUGGGCCAUGGAUAUUUCGGUGUUGAUUUGAAUAGAAAUUUCGAUUAUAAGUUUGGAAAGCAUAACAUAAUUCCCAAUUCAAAAGACGACAGCUACGGUGGACCGGUUCCGUUUUCGGAACCAGAAUCAAGAGUCAUCAGGGACUUUGUUACGAAGGAGAGCGAAGGCCUCAAAUAUUAUUUUUCGUUUCAUGCAUACGGUCAAAAAAUCGUAAUACCGUACUCGGAGAGCAAAAACAAUAUGGAGCACGAUGAAUUGGACAAUUUGGGAAAACAAGCCAUCAUAAAAAUGUUUAGAACAAGCGGAGUGAAAUACAGCAUCAGCACUGGUUACGGAACACGUAUAGCAGGCAACAGCGCUGCUUGGGUAAAGAAAAAUCACAAAGUAAAGUACGUCUACACAUUUUUUCUACGAGAUAACGGAACAUACGGCCACGCGCUACCCCCUGAUCAAAUUCAGCCUACCUGUGAAGAAGCCCUCAGCGGAUUAGUUGAACUCAUGACAGCCAAACCGAAGCGCGUCAGGUCUAAUUUGUUUAGCCCGGCAUCAAGAGCAGCAGAAAAUCUAAUUUUGCUACCGUGUCUGGCUUUCAUAAUUAAUUGUAUCAUUCAAUUUCUUGCAGUCUUUUGAUUAUGAUGCUUUGGAAUAUU